UCCCCUAUCCAGCUCCAAUAGAGCAAGCAGAGCUGCUCCUCUUGUUCAAGCAACACCACCAUCAUCUCCUCCUCCUCCUUUAUUGAUUCACAGACUUGAAAUUCCCUCACAAGCAACCCGUCAGCUUCCACAGUGAUCAGAUUAAUAGCAACAAUAGGCUCUGUGCGCUAAGAAGGGAGAUAACCGGCUCUGCGCGUCCUCCGCGGGAUACUUUGGAUAGUACAGCACCGGAAUCCAUCCUGCUCCUGACUCCAGCGCCCGGGCAGCACCUGUGCGUCUCUCCGUCUGGUUACCUGGAUACCUGCGCGCUGUCCUCUGUAAAUGUCGGACUGAAUAUAACUGCUAUGACAGGGAAACUAGCGGACAAGAUCCCUCUUACCAUGAGCAGUUUAAUAAACGCGAUCCCCGACAGUCUGUACCCGGAGGAGGACAUCCCCACCUCUAUGAACAUUUUCACCAGCACGGAGCCUAUAAACCACUAUUCGCAGAUGAAUACAGAUAAUAUCAUGGAUCUAGGGAUGGGAAGCGAGAAGACAAGCUCUGAGAUACAGUAUGGAUCCAGCUUCCAGUCCAACCGCAGCGGGCAAACUGUCACAUAUCUUGGGAAGUUUGCCUUUGACACUCCUCCUUCAGGUGGCAUCGGGGGCUCCGGCUGGUGCCCCGACAACAACAUCAUAAGUCUUGUCAGUGCGGGCAUCCUGGGGGUUUCUCCUUCACCUGGCACGGUUACAACGCAAACGCCAUCCUCUGGAGCAAACAUGGGUGGACAGACGUCAGACAUGGAGCAGGUAUACGGUCCUCCGCUCCCUGCCUACUCCACCUGCAGCGACCUAUACCAGGAUCAGGUCUCCUUCCACCACAGCCCGGCCACCAGCACAGCUCUUGCCUACCCUGGAAAUGAAUAUCACUCCACAUCCAAAGCCCCCAUGGAUAGCAGCCUUUUUUCUAUGAUCCCCGACUACAACCUUUUCCAUCACCAAGGAGAGGUUGGUGUCAUGGAGCACAAGCCCUUCCAGACCAUGGACCCUAUCAGAGUCAACCCUCCACCCAUCACACCCCUAGAGACCAUCAGAGCAUUUAAAGACAAGCAGCAGAUCCACCCAGGUUUCAUUGGCGGGCAACAGCACCCGCCUCAGCACCACCCGCCACCUCAGACUCUCACCCUUAAACCCAUUCGCCCCAGGAAGUACCCCAACCGUCCCAGCAAAACCCCCGUUCAUGAACGGCCGCACGCCUGUCCUGCUGAGAACUGUGACAGACGCUUCUCGCGCUCAGACGAGCUCACUCGUCACCUCCGCAUCCACACAGGUCACAAGCCCUUCCAGUGCAGAAUAUGCAUGAGGUCCUUCAGCCGGAGCGACCAUCUGACCACACACAUCCGCACGCACACGGGUGAGAAACCCUUCUCCUGCGAGUUUUGUGGACGCAAGUUUGCCAGGAGUGACGAGCGAAAGAGACAUGCAAAGGUUCACCUGAAACAGAAGGACAAGAAGCAGGCGGACAAGAACAGCGGGGCGGCCGGGAGCCACAGUUCGCCGCCCAGCUCCUGUGGGGGCCCGGCGGUGGGAGCAUCAUGACCAUCACUACAUGCACAUGGACUAGACCCUAGCCAGAGACCAUACAGAGACUUUGGAAGUAAGGAUCACAUACACUUUGAAUAAAAUAGGUGAUUCUCUACUUUGUUUACACUCCGGCUCCUUUCAGUUCCUUCUUUUUUGAGAUGGAAGUCUUUAGUUUAAGUUAGAGAGGAAGGGCUGCUUUCCUCUUGUUUUUUAAAAGCAAUUCAGAGCCUCAGCUACUGUAACAUAGUGUAAACACAGAGAUGGGCACCUCAGCACGUUCUGCCACAGAGGUCUUGGUGUAUCACUAGGUUCUGAGGUGGAUAUGUCAUUUUUACAGAAACUGUUUUCAUUGAAAGAAAGCCAGAAUGCAUGAGAAAGGCUGAAGCUGAUGAACGGAGCUCAGUAAGAAGGUGUAUUGUCUGGGAUGUAUGCAUUAAUUUCAUUAGGCUGUUUAAAAGUGCAAUUGGUUAUAUUUGUGUAUCGUCAUGAUUUUCCUAAUGGUGGCACGUGACUGUAUUUUUUGUUAUUUUUGUUAAGGUGUAACGUGUUUUUUUUUUUUUUUAUAUAUUUGAAUGUUUCCUUUUUUUGGGGGUCGUUUUAUGAUUAUUAUUUUCAAAGAAUGUGCCAAAUGUAUUGCAGUGAUGCAGCCAACGUUGUUCCUUAUAAUUGUUCCUGACAUUUGCCAAACCAAGUGUGGCAUCGGUUUAGCACAGCUGUGGAAACAAUGGUAAGAUCAGACUCCAAACACCAGAUGAACCAGCACAGUUCGUUUGAAUCUAGAUCGUUGCAGAGUAGGUCAAAUGAAGCAAAGCCAAUGUCUUGUCUUGUUACAUGCACAGACAUGUCUACAGCAACUGAUGCCUUUGCCAAUACUUAAUUUAUUUUUAGUCACUGUGAGACACCAUGCGUGUCGUUUUUUUAUUUUAAAAAUGUUUGACGUUGUGUUACCAAAUGUACUUUUAGUUGCUCUUUUGUUUUUAUAUAAAUGCUCAAUGAUAUUCUUUAUUUUCCAUGACUUCUGCAAUAUGCAAUUAAAUACAGACAUAUGCCACUUGCAAAUGAAAUUAACAAAAAGCAUGGUUACAGACAGAAUGAACAAUUUAUCAAAGAACACUUGGUUGUCCAUAAGCAGUAAUAUAGAGAGAAGAUGAAUAUGGUCCUUUGCAUGUCUUCUCAUAUUAUUAUCAAAACAACUAAGAGAUGAACAGAAAAUUGUAAGAGAUUAAUAGUAAUAAAAAAAAACAAAUCCAUGUUUACAUAUUUCUUAUUCUGAGACAAGACUGCAAAAUGUAUGUGUUCUUCUUUUUGUACAGUAUACAAAUAUGUAUGCAGGUAGCUACAGUAGAAGUUUCACCUUUUGUACUAAAAUGUCAAAUGCACCACAGUUCAGUAUUAAAUUGUGCAUAAAUGUGCAUCCCUUAAUGCACAUGAUGUAAAUACAAACUUCUGCAUAAACAAGAACUCUUAAUUGAUUGAAUGCUUACGUGGAAAGUGUCUUUAAGCUUUCAGAAAAACAAAAUAUUCUUUUGUUAAAAUGUUUUAAGGUCCCUUCAGUAGUGCCAAAUAUGUUGUUCCAUCUUUUACUAAAGAAAAAAACAAAAAGUCACAAACAACAAAAGGAUAGCACCAUCUGUACGAUUUACAGUGUAGACCAGUUAAACAGCACUAAUGUGUUCUUUGAAUGAACUCCAUUUUUUUUAUUUGGUGUAUUUCCAUUAAAAGAAAAAUUAGUUAUUAUAAUUACCACAGCCUCUUAGCUGUAUAAAAAAAAUACUGGUUAUUAGUGAUUGUUUUUUUAAUGACUGAAGCUAUUCAUAAACAAAAUACAUAACACAUCAUGCAAAUAAGUUUCCACAAAUUAAAUCACUUACUUUAUUCAUUUUACACUCAGAUCAUUUCCAUCUUUUAGCAAAACAUUUUGUUCGGGCCAUCGAUGGUUUUGCUUGGAUCCAAGAACACUGCCACAGAGGAAUAACAUUGAAGAUCGUAUUACAGGCUUAUUGCCAGACAGCGAAAGGCAUUUGUCUUUAGGCAUUUUUUUUACACUAUUAAGUGGUAAAAAUAAAAAAAAAUAGUGAAAUUGAAAACAAGGAAGAUGCUGUUUUAUACAUGUUUUACUUAAAGCAAAGGAAUCUUCCAUGUAAAAUUGAAAGGAUUUGUAACCCUGUCAGUCUAAAUGCACAUUACUAAAUCUCUUUUUCUAUAUUUUGAAGAAAACAAGUAUUGCAAUUUUACUUUAUUUUUUUGCAUAUGAUCAUAAUCUUAAUCUCAAACUGCUUAAAAAAGCAAAUACUGUACUCAUCGGCACAUUCAACUACUGGGCUAAAGGAGGUUAGGAACUGACUAAUGCGAAGGCCAAGUGAAUCCAGUGCAGGCAGCAAAGAGCUCUGAAGGCCAUUCGGUCUCUUUCCUGAAACACUUCUCACUGCUCUGCUUCCUGGCAAGAAUUCACUUAUUUUCCAAUUAACUCGGCCUUAGAGGGUCUUUUCUAAACUCAUCUAAAUAGCGAAAUGAACUGUCCUUGCACUUGAGUAAAAAAAGUUAAAAAGUUCUGAGUGUUUACAGCUGUAAAUCAAUAGGUUUGUAGCAUGUAGACUUGCACUUCCACUGCACUGGUUGGACAUUAACAAAUUAGAGUUUCUGCUCCAGCCACUGAAAUAAAGAAACUCACUAACUCCUAAAAUGUUCUGAAGACUGAACCACCACACUUACUUUCAUAAUAAUACAUGUUUUUUUUUUUAUAUACGGUAUAUUAAUUGUGAUAGACCAGGUUGUAUCUAGCAAUAACCAUAUAGGGAUUCGAAGCAGAAAAUAUCAUUAAAGCUAUAAGAAAAAACUAAAACAAAACUUUUCAUGAAUUAAUACUAGACCUAUGAAAUGUAGUAGAAGAGGCUGAGGGUUAUUUAGACCUCGUUUUGCCAAAAUAUUUUUUUCUCUUCUGUAGUAGAACAUUGUGUUUCUGUUUGCUUCGCCCUGAAGAAUAAUAUGCGUAAGGCGGGGAAAACAGCAGACGAUUUCAACAUCCAUAUGAAGCCAUAUAAUUACAAGUUUGGUAACAGUAUUUCGUCAACCCUUAAUGCGUGUGUUGAUUUUCGUUUUGUAUGUGUUUUUGUAAAUUUUGUAUAAUCUAUAUUACCCCACCUGCUUCCUUAAUACUGUUUGGGUGUUAUAAUAUAACAGAGUGCACAUCCCCUUUUGAAUUCUAACUUUGAAAUAAAAUAUGUGGAUGCCAUAAGUAUUGCCCCCUGUUCAGCUCAAAUCAAACUACUUUUUAAUGUCUUUUCUUCCCUCUUUUAAUUAGGUAUUGUAUGUGCUCAAUGCUCUAUUGGCCAAAAGUAGGUGACUGAAAGGUCCCUGGCUCCAUGUUGGAUUCAAGCCAACAUGAGCAGCCAUCAUUGGACUAAAGUGGGUUGCAGGGUUGGCUGAUCAAAAACAAUACAUGAGAAGAACGCUGCAGGACCAACAAAUCAUAAACCUGACCCCUAUCUGCUGGUAGCUGAAGGCAGACUUGUGUUAAUGUUGGUGUGUAACGGCUCAAUUGGCCCUAUGCAAGACACUGAGCUUUGGUUCACUUAUAGCAACUAAUGGCAGUCAGUUUUCUUUAAGAUAAAUCUGAACCCCUCAUAACACCAAUAACAUGUAGAUAUUAUAAUAAGAAACUCAUGUCAUCCUAUGGACUACAGGGUGGUGUCAGGGAUUCAGCAGAGACACUGGUGCCAAGACGGAGUCGAUGCUCACUGUUUUCUGUUGUGCUGUGUUUCCUUUCAUCAAAAAAAUAUUCUCACGUUUGCAUGUGCACGGAAAGUACCACCCACACUUUCUGAUGGUGGUACUCCCUUUUUUUUUAUUUUUAUUAUGCAUGAAAAAAGUAAAAUGGGUGAAAAGGAACAAACCUAACAACAAUGCAAGAUGGAUAACUGGAAACACACAUUGGGAUAACUGUUCUGUUGGCUUUUUUUUGUUAAAGAAAAGGGGUCUUGUUUUGUGUUGUGGAUGUCUUUUCCCUAUUUAAUGUUUUAUUACCUUAUAAUAAGGUCAUUUUAUGAUGAGCUAAAUAUUUAAAUUAAUUUCACUAUAUCUUUGUGAUAGGGAGAUGUGCUCCCCCGUUUACCUGGCACUUCAGUUUGUUGUAAUGCAAAUGUUUUGUUAUUUCCAUGUAAGUACUUGAAUAAAGAAAUAUAUAACUUGC